UGUUUCGGCCAGUUUGCGGUGACUCUUGGUUGCGUACGGUUGUUGUCGUGUUGCCAGUGAAAUUACGUCACGUGUCCUUUUCGUGCUAGUGUUGUGUCGAAUUUUUUCGGUUAAAUUCUGUUUUCUAAACAGAAAAGUGUCCUGUAGAUUGUUUAUAUCCUGCAAGGAAACAUUUUAGUCCAUCUGUUCCGUGAGGAUAUAUUACCAAUCGUCGCUUUCUAAACUAUGAUGAACAGGAGUGCAGGGUCUUGAUGCUAGCGGUUCUCAACGACUCAGGUCGAUUCAGUUGGUUUAAAAUCGCGGUUUGCUAAAUCAGUGAUUCAGUAGUUGGUUCGUUCGGUUGCAUUUUCUGUCAGUUAUCAUCUAUCGAAUCGAAGUCGAGAAAGAUAUCACAAUCAGUGCGGAAGGAGAGGCUAAAAUUCCACCAAAAUGGAGACGGAGGAGAUUACAAAACUCGUCGACGGGAUCUAUAAGAAUAUCCUGGACAAGUUCAACCCAGGAGCGAGGCAGAUGAUAAAUGCUGGAAAGCAGUACCUGAAGGCUUUACAUGCUGCUGCCACAGCUUCCAGAUUGUACGUGGAAGCUAUCACAAAGCUGGCCAGGCAGAGUCAACAAGGAACAUGGGGUGGAUCUUCUGAUAUAGGAUCCGCUCUCAUGCAGAUAGUGGAAGUCUACAAGGAGAUCCAAGCUCAACAAAUGAAUAUUCUGAAAGCUUUCUACGUGGAUCUAUUGCUGCCGUUGGAGACAAACCUGGAGAAAGAUACGAAAGUAGUGCAGAGUGAGCAGAAGAGGUUUCUCCAACAGCAUAAGCAGCGGACAGAAACUUACAGCAAAGCGGCUGCCACCAUGAAGAAGCACCGCAAGAAGCAACGAUCUACCAAAUCUGGAUUGGCCAUGGAUAAGGAACUCAAGAGCAUGCAAAUUCUGGAAGAAGAACGAUCGAAACUGGAUGCAUUCUGCGAGGAAAGUUUGAAAAAGGCAAUGACUCAGGAACGUCGGAGAUACGGCUUUGUAUUGGAACGUCAAUGCUCACUGGCUAAACACUACCUGGCUUACCACUCGACCGGACAUACCAUCUACCAGACCCAUCUCAACGACUGGCAGGAGAUUGCAAAGACCCGCGAAUUCCUCCCAGAGGCUGUCGAACAGAUGUUCUCUGCUAAGCUCAGGCAAAUCUGCUUCUGGUCAGAGGAAGACGGCGGUCCAGGCUCGCCGAGGAUCGACGACGACCGCAUCUCCUUGUCGAGUCAGCUGCGGAAGACCAAGUCGAUGGAUGCCUCCUGCCUGGAUGUGAGGACUAUGAAUGACAUCUCCAGCCCAACACUCAGUCCACACACGCCGCUCACACGGGCCAAGUCCGACUUCAAUCUCACCGCAUCCACACAUUCGCUUGCACAGGAGGUGGAUCGCAGCAGCAACAGUCCACCCCCCCUGCCGAGACCAAAGAGCAUGGCAGCGGCAGACUCAGGUGGAUGGGAGAAUCCUCUAGCUAGAGCACUCUAUGCAUACCUGUCCAGUGGAGAGAAUCAGCUCAGUUUUCUUGAAGGAGAUGUCAUUGCUCUGAUGGGUGACAGAAAUAAAGGAUGGCAAUUCGGAGAGAAUCUCAGAACACAACUCAGUGGAUGGUUUCCGCUCGCUUACACUGAAAUGCUCAUAGAUACGAAUGAGACAGGAACCAACUCAUCACCACAGUCUCACCGACGUCAGGACUCAGGGGACACGGUCCAGGGUGGAUUCGGCGGAAGCAGUAGUCCCGGUAAUCCCCCCCACCCCCGCACCCUCAGCACCCCUGUAACUAGGUUCGGAGACACCCUAGCCUUCAGACACAAUCACCAGGGUCGUGGGACACCAGGGAGCGCUACUUCUUUUAGCCCAGCUCCGCCCGGGGUGCCCGCACCCGUGGUGCCGCCCCAACAGGGCACCAUGAACCGCCGGGUUCCGCCUCCGCUACCACCCCUGCCGCCGCACCCGCAAACACUGCCCGCUCAGCGGCAGACGCAGCCUGGGGGCGGCAAGAAGCAGCCGCCGCCUCCGAAUGCAUCCCUGCACAGCUCUAACGACAGCGGGUUCAGUAAUGAUCCGCCCCCGGCGCCCGAUGUGGACUACUCCGAUGAUGAGGCUAACAGAAGGACAAUGAUGAAGAAUCAGAAGAAUCGACCCGAGAGGAACGGAAAUGGAGUGAUGGAGAACGGGAAACACUCAAAGCACACUCUGUCGUCAGUGCAAGGAUGGCUGGGCGACAACCAUAGCGACUGGUACUCCGACCAAGAAGUUGGCAAGAACAUGAAUGGAAUCAACGGUCACAAACCUGUCCGACAGAGCUCCAGUGUUGGACAUUUGUCCACUCUAAACCGGAACAAAGAUAUGUUGAUGGAUAACCCGAAACUAGAAUACAAGAUGUCAUUGAUGAAAACUGUUGAUAUCCCUUAUGAGAAGAAGCUAAAACGCACAAGGUCCCUCUGGAAAUUCAAGAAAAAUGAGGAAUUGUUGGAAGGCAUGUCUAUGUGGAAACAUAGGUCGCUAGUGGAUGUGUCGGAUUUGAAUGGUAAGGGAGAGGAUACCCCUGUAAUGGGGAAGAAACAGAUGUCAAUCAGUAAAGGAUCUGAUGAUGAAGACGAGAUCAGCAACGCGGAUGUAUCGGAGGAGACUUUAGUGAAUGGGGAGAGGAAGGAGAGAGACAGAACUGUGGAUAGGAGGGAGAUGGAGAGGGAGAGAACUGUGGAUAGAAGAGAGAUGGAAAGGGAUAGAAGGGAGAGGGAUAUGGAGAGGAGGGAGUUAGAUAGAAGGGACAGGGAGAUGGAUAGGAGAGAUAGAGAUAUGGAGAGAGAACGUAGAGGGGAGAUGAUGAGGAAAAAUGGGGAGAUGGAUGUGGGUAGAAAGGAGAGGGGUGAUGAGAGAAGGGAUUUGGAGAGAGAUCGUAGGGGGGAGAUGAUGAGGAAGAAUGGAGAGAUGAUGAGAGACAAGGAUAUGAUGGAGAGACGAGAGAGGGAACGCGAGAGAGCCCAGACUCCGUUGUCGAGAAGUUUGAGCAACAACCGUAGAGGUUCAGUAGACUCGGAUGAGAGUGACGAGGAAAACAUUGAUGACACAGAGUCUUGUAUAGUGGUUGACGAUCAGCACAAAGCGAAGAUUUCCAGUAUGUUGCCCAGAACACAUCUGAUCAGGAACAAGUCACGUGCCGAUGCAGAGGUUAGGAAUUCAGAGUCCGAUCUCCAUGCCAGGAGUCACUCGAGGAAAAUGCAGCACCGUUCGCAGACCACAGGGGAUCUUCAUCGGUCCUGGUACGACCCUUGGGAGAACCAGUAGGAGUUUUGCCGAGAAAAUGACAGGAAUAACAUCUUCGCCACUGUCAAACUACGAAAAACGAAAACAAACGACAGAUCAGCUCCAAUCAUACUUUAAGCAAGAUUUCAUCAUAGAUUUUCAUCUCAAAGAUGAAUUUUCCGAAAUCAUAGGCUUAUAACAUUGUUAAAAUUCAAGGUGUUGUACAUAAGAUGUGCUAUAAUCAUUAUAAUACACGGUUUUCUAUUGUUGAAAUGUGCAUUAUAUAAUUUUAAAAUGCUUUAAUUCUUGGAUGUUGAGAGAUAAUGUAUAGUUUCAAAAACUGUACAGAGCAAAAUAAAAAUAUAUUACCAUGCACUAGGCUAGGUAUCAUGAUAUCAAGCUCAUUUUGUAUAUAGUAUGUAUCUUGUAAGUGAGUUAUUGAUUUAGUUAUAGGUAAAGUAUAUAGUAUCAUUUACUAAUAAUAGAUUAAGAGAAGAAUCAUAGUUUUUUACGUGAUGAAAUGUGCAGAGUUCGAUAAUUCCUGUCAUGUUUUUCCAGAAGUUAAAUGCACGAGAUUUGAUGUCACAUAAUAAGUUUCUCAUCAGGGUCACCACAAGAACAUGUAAUUUAUUCACGAUAUUGGAUAAUGUAAAAUAAUAUUUCAAAGAGGUACUGGAAGAGGUUAUUCCAGUAUCGCUUAAACUGUUUUGAUCCAGCCCCCAUUCAUUUCAACUGAGUUGAACGUUCUAUCUGAGUAUAAGAAUGGAGAAAUCAUCAAAUAUAUGAAGAUUGAAAAUGUGUUUGGUUAAAAAUAUGUAAGUGCUAAAAGUUGAAUUUGAUUUUGUUUUCUCUCAAUUUUGCAUGUUUGAUGUAUUUUUUGGCUUUCCUAUGUAUGGAGAAAUCAUCAAAAAUAAAUAUGAAGAUUGAAAAUGUGUUUGGUUGAAAAUAUGUAAGUGCUAAAAGUUGAAUAUGAUUUUGUUUUCUCUCAAUUUUGCAUGUUUGAUGUAUUUUUUGGCUCUUCUGUGUAUGGAGGAAUCAUCAAAAAUAUGAAGAUUGAAAAUGUGUUUGGUUAAAAAUAUGUAAGUGCUAAAAGUUGAAUAUGAUUUUGUUUUCUCUCAAUUUUGCAUGUUUGGUGUAUUUUUUGGCUGUUCUAUGUUUGCAUAUCUCACUCAGUGCUUUCAUUUUUCCAAUAUGUUUUAAUGUUCAUUCAACAUUGAAAAAUGUUACAAAAUUGCAUGAUUAUAGAAUACUGAAAUCUACUGGAAUUGAGAAACUCAGGCUAAAAUUGAUCUGAGCUCAGAAAGUUUGAGUAAAAUUUGUAUCUGCUUUCAUUGUAUUAUUAUAAAUUCAAUCUGAUGAUAUUGUAAAUGAGAUAGCCUAUCAUUGAAAAUGAUUAUACCUUUUCCACAUGAGUUUAAAUGAAGAAGGAGGAGAAAGAGAAUUUCAAACAUAUAAUUUUGUAAAAAGAAAUAUUAUUUUCCAAUUUGGGCAUAUGUGCAAUAUUUUUCCCAUAAAUGUUAAAAACUCAUAAUCGAAGAAAUCUAUCUGCUUAGGGAAAGCAGUUUUUAUGUUGAACAAUUUCCUGUUGUAUAUCUUCUGUUGAACUUCUCAAUUCAAAUAACAUCACAAUUUACCAAAAAAUUACUCCAUACUACAUCGAUAAAACAUUAUUACAUAGAGCUCGAUACAUCUCUCACCUCUUUCAAAACUCUUAGAAGUAACUUGAUUCCAUUUUUCCCCAUUUUCAGUUACAACAUAACCAAUCUCAAUAGUGAGUGUGUAGUUUUUCAUGAGGUUAUCAUUGAGGUUAUAUUUCCACUUAAAAGUAAAAGAUGUGAGUAACUAGUAAGUGAAAAUAUAGUUAUUAUACAUGAGAGAAUAAUAAUUUUAAGUUGGAGUAAAUGAAGGAAGUACUUGAUAAUUAUUACUGACUUGUGAAGAAGAUGAUGAAUAUAGAGACUGGUUUGGGAAUUGAAAUAUGAUUCAUGUUCAAUAGAGUAUAAUUUUGAGUAUAAAGUAGGAAUUCCAUUCUAAAUACUCUUUUGCAGUGUAAAAUUUCAUUCCUCUCUUUUGAGCUUUGAACACAAUUUUAAAUAAUCUGGAAUAAUUUCCAUCCAAGAAUUCCUGAUAUUUCCAAUGUUUUGAUGAUUAUUCAUCACAAUUUGAUAUUCCCAUGUUAUACAGUGCGUCCCAUUCAUCAUAAAUUGGUAUGAUAGACUUUAAAUCCGUCCAAAUUUGGAAUUUAUUAAACGUAUUUUUAUUAGCCAUUAAUAAUAUUAUAUAUUAUUGUAUAUCAUUCCAGAUAAUUACCGAGUAUUGUAUAUUGAUAUUUUAGAAAUUUUUCAAAUGUGAAACUGUAUUCAAAGUAUAAGUAUAUUACAAAUAGGAUAAGAGAGUGAAGAGAUUUUUUGGUGCCAGAAAAUUUUAUUUUAGAAACGGAGUUAUAUUGUUGGAUAGAUGUUAGAUUGGUAAGUUAUCAUACAUAAAUGGCUCAUGUAUUCGAGAGAUAUUGUAUCAAUUAUUAAUGUAUUGUAUAAAUUAAUGGACUGGAUAAAUAUUGAAGCAGCUGUUGUUCUGUAGUGGAUUUCACAUGAAUUCAUUUUUAUUAAGUUAUAUUUUCGCAAAUUCUCAUGGGAUUUAGCUGCAUUGCAACCCGAAUUUUCUAGAAUAUUUUGCUGCAGCUUUUGAUUCGAAUUGUAUAUAAAUGAUCAUGAUAUCACUGUUUAAAUUAUUCAUUCCAAGAGUACGGUAGGUACUUGAUAUACCUAAUUCUCACAUAAUCAAGGUCAGAUUUUCAUGACUGUCUGUUUAGAUACUUUCAAUUCUAUAGAUGUCUGUUCAGAUACUGUAUAAUUUCAACUUUCAACUCUAUUUUUACAGCUUGAACGUUUGUUGUAUCUCACAAUUUAUUUCUAAUUUUUCAAUCAAUUUUUGUAAAAUUUGUGUGAAAUUCGUCUUCCUCACAACAGCCUGUUAUUACUAAGCUCCCCUCCCUAUAAUAAUAAUAACCAACAUCCUUUGUACAUGUCCUCCGUCUUGAAACUGUAUAGAUUAUAGUACUUAAAAAUAUAUAUAUUGGUAUUAACAUAGAUAUAAAUGUCAUAUAUUUGUUAUAAAAUUGUAAUAAUUGUUAUUGUUUAUAUCCAUCUACGUUUAUCAAUCAUAACCAUCAAAAUCAUCAUUUGUAUUUUCAUCUAGAUAUAUAUAUAUAUUAAAAUAUAAGCUGUAAUCGAUAGGGUGUCUGGGUAGAUCUUCGUUCUUUAGUUUUGUUCUAUUAUAUGGUUUACUAUCUAUUAACAAAAAUAAUAUUUUACUAGAUGAACCUAAUAUUGCAUAUUAUUAUAGUUUUGCAAUCAGCUUGUAUAUUUGUUAUUGUUGUAACCAAUAAGUUGUCAAUUCAUGUUGAAAAUGUUUACUUUAACCCGAAAUUUUCGAAAAAAUAAAGUCAAUAUUGUUACUUUAUA